CUCUCCUCUGUCUUAUGUAUGUCGAGAUAAUCUCACACGUAAUGUUGACGCACAUAGACAGACGCACCACAUGAGAGAAGCAUAGAUAGCACCGAGUGAGUCUGUUCGUUCACUGACUGAUCGGACUGUCUGUCUGCACACACGAAGGGAAGGCACCAUCAGAAUUAAGUAAUGCCCUCCACCCCACCCCAGCCCCCGCACAUCACACGUAUGUAUGUAUACGUCGGAGCCAUGAGCCAUCAGACCGAGCUGAGCUGGCUAGAGGAGUGCGUUGGUGUACUCGUGUUGCAGAUGCUUGAGGACCUCGUUGACCUGCUGCAUCUUCUGCUUGGUCUGCGUCUUGCUCUUCUGCACCUGCUGCAGCAACACGCGCAUCUCCUCCUCUGUCUGAACGAACAGACAAACCACACACCACACCCACAUGACAUGCAGCACAGCAGGAUGACAUACAUGGCCACACACCAAACACACGUGUGUGGCCUCUGGCUGGGUGCUGCAUUUGUGGCUUACGUCCUUGACUUUCUGCUGCGCCUGCCGCACCUCCUCCUGCAGCGCUUGGUUGGCACGCUUCUCAGCCUGCACACACAUGAAUGAAAUGACGAGCAGACACAUUUGGGCCACUUAGUUCCCCCGGCAUGCCACUGACUGACCUGGAGCUGCUGCUGUAUGUCGUCCAUCCUUUGCCUCGCCCCAUCAGCAGCGGCCGCGGCGGACUGCUCGGCAUCCCUCAAACGACCCUCAUACUCAGACCUGACACACAGACACACCGGUGGGUGACACACAGAGGGAUCCACGCGUGUGUGGUGUGUGGUGUGGUGUGGUGGUGUGUUGGUCGUGAGGGUGAAUAGCUUAGCGUAGCGUACGUCAGCUGCUCUCUAAGUUGUUUCCUCUUGUCCUCGACGCCCUCCUGCAGCUUGGUGACCUCCUGCUGGGCAUAGUCCAGGGCCGCAUCCUUGCGCGACACCUCCUCACGCAAACUGGACACCUGCACACACACACACACACACACACACAGAGAGAGAGAGAGAGGAGAGGUGGUGUGUGGCGGGGGUGACAGGUGUGGGCGAUGGUCUGUCUGCUUGCCUGCUGCCGCAGGUCGUCCCUGCCGUUCCUGAUGUCGUCCAGCUCCUCUUGCAACGCCGACAUGUCCUCCUCAUGCUUUUGCUGACAGACACCAUCAACACACAACACACAACACACAAUGAGUCCUCAUGGAUGUGAUGGGCCUUCCAUGUGUAUGCCAUCUCUCCCCGCCAGUCAGUCAGCACACCUACCUCCAGCUCUCUGUACUUGUCCUCCUGCUCAGUCAGCCGGUCCUGCCAGUCGUUGUCGCGCCUCCGCUGCCUGGCGGUGGCGUCCUGCAGCUGGGUCUGGGCCUCCUGCAGCUGGUGCUUGAGGGCCUGCACCUGUCUGCCGCUGUCCUCGAGCAUCUGCACCUUCACCUGCAGGGCCACCUCCUUCUCCUUGAGGGUCGACUCGACCGCCUUCAACGUGCCGCGAACCUCACUCGCCUGGACAGACAGAGUGGGUGGGAAGGGCGAUUGAUUGCGUGUGUGCUGCCUUGUGCUGGUGGGCGGGUUAGGUUACCUCUUGCUGCAGGGAGGUGGCUUGUUGCUUGAGCUCUUCUACUCGGGAGGUCUGGUGGCGAAGGCGGCUCUCGGCUUCAUCGGCCUGAUGGAGGGAGGGAGUGAGGGAGAAAUGGCACACACACACACACACACACCGGAUGUAGGAUGGUGUGUGGGGUGGGUGGGAGUAGUGGGUGAGGUGACCUUGGUCUGGAGUGCGUUGUAGUGCUCCUUGGUGACGUAUGUGUGUGAGAUGUUGUCGUACUCCGCCUGAAGCCGUCUCUCACGCUCCUCAACCUCCUCCUUCUCGCGACUACACACACACACAGAGAGAGAGAGCCAGAUGCGCUCUAUGCCCCCCUCAGGAGCAUGUGUAUGUGUGUACCGCAUCUGUGCGAUGAGUCUGUCCUUGUCGCGCUGAGCGGUCUGCAGGCUGGCAAGCUGUUCCUCCAGCUCCUUCUUCUCCUUGGCCGCUGCGUCAAGACGAGAACCGACCUCCUGCAGAGUACGCUUCACUGCCGCAUCCUGGCACACACACACACACACACGGACGCAGAGAGAGAUGGGCGUGAGUGUGAGUAUGAGUGUGGGAGUUUCAUGCCAUGCGGACCUACCUCUUUGGCGGCCGUCUUGAGGACCUCCUGGAGGUCGUCGUUUUUCUGGUUGGCGGCCUUGAGCUGCCGCACCAGGUCGGCGUUGUGGCUCUGCAGCGCCUCCAAUGUCUUCUUGAACUCGUGCUGCACACACUCACUCACACAGACAUACAUAUGGGUUGGUUCAUUCAUUUCAGAGGGUUGUGUGGCACUGAUCUAUCUGCGUGUGUGCGUUCGGUUCGUACCUCCAGUGCUAUGAUCUGCUGUUCCAACCUAGACCGGUCCUUGUCGGCCUUCUCCUCCAACUCGCGGCGCUGGUCGUCCAUAUCCUGACAGACAUAUCCACACACACAACACACACACAUUGAACCAGCAUUCACACCCUCCUCACCUCUCUCUGCACACGUGUGUGAUCUGCCUUGCUCACCCGCUGGUGUGUCUGCGCUCUUGUCUGUAGGUCCCUGACGGCCUGCUGGUGCAGCUCCUGUGCUUCCGUCCGCUGCCGAUGGGCCGCCCUCAGCUGCUCCUCCAGGGCCCUCUCGCGUGUGGCCGCACUGGUGAGCUGCGCACGCAGAGACGACUGCACACACAACACAAAACACACGACCCUUGCAGCACACACUGAGAUCGUAUCAGGCCUGGCGAUGCACCUCGCGAUUGUUGGCGGCUUCGAGCUCCGUCAACGUCUGAUGGGGUCGAAUACGCAGCGAGACCUCCUACUUGUAAAUGAUGUGUGUGUGCAUUCGUCACUCACCGCUUUGAGCUUUUCCUCGGCUGCUGCCUUGCCCAUUCGCUCGGCCUCCUCUGCGUGCCGCUGAUGCCUGACCAGAUCACAACACACACAGACGGCCGGCCGCCCGAUGAGUGAGUGCAUGAACUGAAGGCUGCCGUUCUCUUCUAUCUCAUUAAUCUCACUUGGCGACUUCGACUCUGAGGGAGGAAUGCUCCGCCCGCAGCUGCUCGAUCGUCCGCUGAUCCGUCUCGGCCUGGGCAGCCUGGGGGGCAGCGAGGGGGAAAGAAUGGAUGUGGCAGUGAUAGGGAGAGUAGGUUGUUCCCCCUGUUGUGGUCACCUUCUGCUGUGUAUCCCGCUGCUGCUCCUCCACACGACGCGUGAGCUCUGUCACCUGCUGCUGCAGGGCCUGAGAGAGGGCAGUGUGUAGCGCGAUGGACUGGUGUGUGUGUUGUGGCUGUUGGUCUGCUCCUGUUGUUGUCACCUUGAUCUGGACGUCUUUCGCCCGCGUGACGUCGUCAUGCUGCUGCUGGGCCGCGUCGGCAGCCUUGGACAGCUCCUGAACACACACACACGGUGGCUCGUCAGUGACACGUUGACUCCCACCAAAUUGAUGAGUUACCUCCUUAAUGAGCUCUGACGCCCGCUGUUCCUCGUCCCGCUGCCGCUGGGCGUUCGACACAUCGGCCUGGAGGGAAGCCACCUGCACACUCACGAAACGACAUCAGACACGAUCGAUGUACCUACCCACUAAAAGUCACACGCAUACACAAUUGCAUGUGGCCACCCACCUUUUCGUCGGUUGUCUUGAGCUGCUGCUUGAGGGCUUCGACGUCGCCUGUCGCAUAUGAGGCAUAUGGGUGGGAAAGGGUGUUGGUGCAUGGCAUGACUCGAUGGGGUGAGUGCGUGGGUAUUGAAUACAUACCUGUGAGUCUGGCCUCUCUGUUCUGGGCCUCCUGAAGCUUGCCCCUGGUCUCGUUGAGCAUCGUCUCCAGCGACUGACGCACCUGCUCCCUGCACAAUCCACACAGACAGAGAGACAUCCAAGCAGUGUGCAGGGAGGGCAUGCCUAUGUGUCUAUCGGUCCGGUCUCUCUCUGUGUUUGUGUUGCCGCGAGCACGCGCACAUACCUCUUCUGCACCUCCUCCUCAAUGCGGGCGAGAUCAGCCAGCAACGCCACCUCCCUGCACACACCACGAUACACACAACAGAAUCGCCCUGCGUGGAUGGAAGCACAGCACCUACACGAAUGCAUGUGUGUGUUGCCUACUUUUUCGUCUUGUCAUUGAGCACUCGAUCGAGCUUCGUCUGCAGCGAUCGGUAGUCGCCCUUGAGUGCACUCAGCUCGGCCAAAAGGGCCUGGAAGGACGCUGCACGGUCGUCCUCGUCAUUCCUGGCCGCCUCGGAUGGCCGGGUAUCGGCUCCCUGCUCGGCUGACGAAGGCGGCUGCUGCUGCUGUUGAGCGGCAGCAGCAGCGUUCUCUUGCCGAAUAAUGCUGACAGAAUAGAGGGAGGGAGAGCAUACGGCUGUCUUCUGCCUGCGUGACAUUCAUUGUCGCCUGUUGGGCUCUUACUUACCUGGCGACGCUUCUCUCGAGAGCUUCCAGUCUUCUCUCAUGGUCAUACGGCGCUAAGAGGGCCUCGCCGCCCCGAGCAUCCUCAUGCACACCCUCCCUCCUCCGACCAGUGGCACCACCAACACCCCCAGAACCGGCAGCCGGUUGCCCGCUGUGCACCGGCUCAUCGGUGCUGCCGCGCUGACGAGUUGGUGGAGGUCUGUGGGGCAUUGCUGGAAGGGGGGGAGGGGCAGGGGGCAUGCGAUCGACCGUGCGAGAGGCCGCCGAGGCCGCCACCAGCCGUGUGGAUGUUGCGCCGUUGUCGGCGGGUGCUGGUCGUGGCUGUGGUUGUCCGGUCUGGUCGAGUCGUGCCUGUGCGGUCUUGAUACACACGGGGUUGGCCUGUGCGUGCCGCUUCUCGUCCUCGGUGACGGGCGGGCCAUCGAGCUUCUGCAGGGGAGUGCAGCACUGGAUGACCAGGGCGCGGUAGUCCUCACUCGCACAUAUGGGAUUGGCACGACCUGACCACCACCGAGGGGACCAACAGACAGAUCGGACCAGCUGAUGGGAAGUCCUGAUUGUUCAGCCAACCGACCAGCCUGCUGGCUACCUACCUGAGCUAGAGUUUGCGUGCUGGAAUUGGAUGUCGGCCAGAUGACGGCAGCCGCCUGCAGAGAGGGCGAGAAGGAAGAGGUCAUGACACACACCUGUACCGACUCGACAGACAUGUUCUCAAUCCAUUACUGACCGAGGAAUGUCAGCUGCUGCAGAUCCCGCACCCGGUUGUCCCUCAGAUCUAGCCGGCGAAGGCUGUGCUGGAACGACCACGCCUAACACACACACACACACACACACAUACACAUGCAGCACCGAAUGAGGCAAUCAGCUCACUGUAUCGACACACCUGUUGCAGUCCGUCUAGUGCGCUGAUCUUGUUGUAUGCGAGAGCCAGGUCCUCCAACUUCACCAGCGACCCCAAACCAGCUAUCACUCGAAUCUGCACCACACACACACACACACGCAAUAAUGCGCUCGGCGCAGGUGAGGGGCUGAGCUGACCUUGUUGCAGGAGAGGUCUAGCAGGCGCAGCUUCGGCAGCCGCCCGAUGGUGUCCAUGCGAUCAAUCUCAUUUGAGGACAGAAUGGCCUCCUCCAACUGACUCAAGCUCUCCAAACCCUGCGUACGCAGAUCAACACGGACGCACCCAACGCCACGUGAAAUGUGUAGGGUCGUGCUUCAAGCGGCGCUUCCUUCCUGCCUGCCUCCCUCCCACUUGUACCCACCUCUAGGCAUGUGAUGGCAUUGCAGUGCAGGUUGAGGAUCUGCACAUUCUUGAGCGACCUCAGGUCCAGCUCCCGGAUGGACGUCAGGCCCCGGUUGAACGCACGGUACUCAACACGCUCCUCAUCCUCAACACCAUCGGCAGCAUCCCUCGGGGGAGAGGCGCCUGGAUAGAUGGAUGGACGGAUGAAUGAACGACCCACAACACAGACACGACAAUGAAUGGGUAUGGAGUCACCUCGUGCUCUGCAUUCACCUGCGCUAGCCAUGGCUGCUGGCGGCGCCUUCGGGCCAGAUGCUUUCGAUCUCGCCCCUUUCAUGGCGCGAGCUUGAGGUCU